AUGGCGAUGCUGUACGACGCUAAGAAGAACAUCGAGCGUCGCCUCAAGCCUCUGCGCAAGGGCGUCACGAUCACGUACCCGCGCAGCUCGGCGAGCGUCCUCUUGCCUCUCACUACCGCCAACAACUUUGAGCCCGAGGUCCUCUUCUGCGGCGGCACGACGGCCAACCUCGGCAUCAACCCGUUGCAGCUCAGCGCCAAAGCGCCUGCGAGCAAGCAGUGUUCGAGGAUGAUCUUGAACGCGGCCGGCCUGCGCAAGGGCUGGCAGACCGAGAACAUGCCGUUCCCUCGCGUCAUGGUGCUCGUCGUCAACGGCGCUCGGUCCGGUAUCGCCGGUCGGCGUCAGAGACGAGCUCGUCACGCGCGGGUUCCCGACCGCUCGGCGACGACCCUCCUUCCCGACGGCCGCAUCUUGACCGCCGCCUCGGACCUGAACGACGGCGUCUCGACCAAGACGUACCGCACUAGGUACAACAUCGAGGUGCUCUCUCCGCCCUACAUGUCGAUGAACCGCCCGUCGUUCUCGGGCCAGCCGGCCAAGAUGGCGUCCAAGAAGAACUACAAGGUCCGGGCGUUCAUCAUGGACCUCGGCUACUCGACGCACGGUAGCGCGAUCAGCAACAUGCUCAAGCACACCAAAGGCUCGAAGUAG